AUUCUUUUGUUUUCGUUUUGAAUAAAACGAAGAAACGCAAGAGAGAUAGAUAGAUCUGACAUCUGAGGGCUUGGCUAAAGAGAUAUGGAGGCGGUGGUGGAGGUCGGAGCGGCAUGUGAAUUCGGGAAGCUUGAAAUCGCAAGAACAUCAACGGCAAGGAGAAGAAGGAAAAAGUCAAAGACUGGGCUUAAGAGAAACGGCCAACUGGCAUAUGGUUUUGAUUUUCGAUUUGAUUUGGAUGGACUCGUUACGGCCCCUCAGCUCUAUGAUUAUGAUUGCACUCUUUACGCUAGGCUUGGACUCUACUGCUACAAUUUUGAGAAGGGAACAAACUUAAAGUUUGUGCGCUGGGAAAAGUACAAUUCUAUGUGCACUUCUUACUACGACGUCUACUUAACUUUGCACGCGAUGGAUCCGGCCUGCAAUUCUGUCUUCCCUUUUCAUACUUUGCUCAGUAAUGCACAUAGAAGAUUUGCCAAAGAUUAUGUUAUAGAUACGUGGCAGAUCUUGGCCUGCAGACCCGCAUGUAACAAGCGUGUUUCUGAAUAUUGGGACCGGGAUCAGGCAAUGGAUACAUUCUACAAGCGUCCAAUGCCCACAUGGUUGUCUGAUGAGGCCUUGGCCACUGACAGCAAAAAGUAUUACGUGGUGCAAGAAGCAGACCUCCAUGAGAAUGACUGGCUGCAUCUAUUCACUGAAAUCGCAUUCUUCUCCAUCGCAAGGGCUGAAUUGGAGGCUUCCCCUCCCUUGGAGAUCAACAAGUUAGUUGUAGAAACUAAAGAAGAUUACAUAACGGAGGCGCGUGAGAAGCUCCACGCAAAGAACGCAAUAUUCUACAUAAGUUAUAAGUAUAGAGGUGAUCCUUCAAUUGGUUUCACUGGUGAUCACAGAGCUAUCAUAAGGAAAACCAUGGAUGGGGAACCAGAGCACAUGUGUCUUGAAAUUGCUUCUGAACGACAAGCCAAGUAGACAGACACUUCCUGUAUGCAUCUGGUCUGUUGCAAUCAAUUAUUAAUCGCUAUUUCCUUGUAACUUUUAUCAUGUUAUAUGUCUACAACUCUAGGGACUAAAACGAGUGGGAUCUAUAUCUAUAUUAAACUUCGCCAAGUGCUA